ACGUAACAUCAGAAAUAAUUUGUAACAUCAGGAAAAAUUUUCCUAGCCGCUUGCGCUCGCCGACCGCUCGCGUGACAGUAUUAACACUUCGGCAUAUUCCCUUGUGCCUGCUUUAACACCAUUAAUAUACCCAAAAGACCUCACGAAAGCUAAAAAGAUGACGAAACAAAAUCGGAAGGAGAAUAAGUCGGACAAGAUAGACUUUUUAGAGCAGGACCCGUUACCCGAGGGUGGCUGGGGAUGGCUUGUUUGUCUUGCAGGAUUUAUAGCACAGUUCACAAUACUUGGAAUACAGAACAACACCGGAAUUCUAUACACUACUUUGCUUACAGAAUUUAAGGGAAAUAAGGGUGACACAGCAUGGGUACUCUCCAUUGGCCUCGGUAUGAUGUUCCUGUUCUGUCCAAUCACGUCAGCCUUGUGCGAGCGCGUUGGAUGCCGGGUGGUCGCGGUGGUCGGUGGUUUGCUAGGGGUUCUGGGAUUCCUGUUGUCGUCCUUCGUCAAAGAUCUGUACAUUUUAUACGUUACGUUCGGCGUUCUCUGGGGGAUAGGGUCGAGCAUGUGUUACCUUCCGACGUUGCGGGCGCUACCCUAUUGGUUUAGAAGGCGCAUCAGUCUCACUAACGGGAUCGUAACCGCGGGAAGCGGGUUCGGGACCAUCGCCAUGGGGCCUCUGAUGCAACUCACAGUUACGUACCUCGGAUGGGCCCAUACAACAAGGAUCCUAGCCGGGGUCCUUUUACUAUGUGCCAUCUCGGCCCUGCUCUAUCGCGUCCCUCCAAAGAGCCCUAUCGAGAUGAAGAUGGCGGAAGAGAAAAGGCACGAGAAGAGACCGUUUUUUGAUUUUGCGGUUUUGAAGAACAAGGCGUUCCUCGUCUGGUCUGUCUCGCUUGGAAUCUUUAUGAUGGGGUAUUUCGUGCCAUUUGUUCAUUUGCCCGCGUACGCAUUGGAGUGUGGAAUUCCCAUUUCCAAGUCCUCGACCCUCGUCGGAAUGAUGUCCAUCGGAUCGACAUUCGGUCGGCUCUUCUUCGGCAAAGUUUGCGACCACCCGAAGGUUAAUCGACUAUACAUAUUCCAGAUGGCGUUCUUAAUCAUCGGUAUUGCACAUACGUUGAGUACGCUGACCACUAGUUACGUGGGCUUCGUCCUGUACAUGAUCGUGUUCGGCAUCUUUGACGGCUGUUUCGUGGUACUGUUGGGGGUCCUGUGUGCGGAUAUUGUAGGAUUGGACAAGGUCGCCGAGGGAAUGGGUGUGCAAUUCUUCUUCAUGGCGAUCACGUGCACUGCUGGGCCCCCUCUAGCUGGUGUCAUCUACGACCUUUCCAGUUCCUACCAGAUCGCCUUUUACGCAGCCGGCGCAUGCGCAACACUCUCCUGCUGCCUGCUUUUCCUCGUCCCAGUCCUCAUGCCCUUGGAUGUGGUAGACUCGCACGAGGCUGUUGAAGUGCGCAUGCGCUCCGGAAGUGACGAAAGCAAUGAGACCAUGAUGGACAGUUUACGAUCGCCAACGAUACGUGAUAAAAGUUUAGAGUGCAAAAGAGCUCUAAUGGACGAUACCGGACACGUGUUGCUGAGAUCUGGGGCCCAGCGACCUGUUGCCAAUAGCAACCGGGACUCGUAUAUCGACCGGUAUUUUGAUAUCCCGAAACGAGCGAGCUGCGCGAGUUUGCUCGGGCCAGGAGGGCCCUAUGGAAUGGCGGUUAGCCAUAACUCAGAAAUGUUAGUGGUCGUAGAACGCAUGACACAAGUCUGAAUACCGCGGACAGAACUAAAGUGACAGUGGUGGUAUUGACAACGAGUAGGACAAUUUUAUAGAUCCAAAAUAGGACGGGGACGCAAAGAACGACUAUCAAAAUCAUGCCGAAAUCGAAAAAAACAAAACAACAUAAAACCAUGAACGAUAAAGAUGUAAGGAAGACCAAGAAACAAAGAUACCACGAUUCCUAGGACCUUUUUCAAGCAAAAGGAGUAAAACAUUGGUAGAAAUAUUAUAAACAUACACCAUGCCAUUUCUAAUAAGCAGACUAGACACUGUUCCAACCAGGAAAGACACACAGUUUUGGUGUUACUCUAGAUUUACCUGUGCCCUCGAGCCAACCCACAGAAACUCGGACGAGGGUAAAUAGGUAGAGAAGCAUGAUUGGAGACCAAGCGUGCUAUGCGGUCGCCCAUGCACUCGGUCGGUUCGAAUCCGUGAGUGUAUUUUAAAAAUUUGACCUGAUUAAGGCGGGCGUGAGCCAAGUGACCUUUCCCGUGUGUUGUUGUUAAAUUUUGUCGUAAGCGUUUACUAGGUGUUUCAACGUAUAAAUUAGCCAUGUUUUAGGUUCGGUUGGUUUGCGGCCGUUUAAUCGGUAACGAGCAGCAAAAAUGACAUCGCUAUAAUCUCUGCACUAAAAUCACCGAGAUAACUUUUGCAAGCAGAACAAUUUAGGUGCCAUUUAUAUAACUUACGUUCAUUUAUUCAUACGUUAUUCGAUUGUUCUUUUAUGGUGUUGUUUUCACGGAGGGAUUUGAUGAGGGGCUAUGUUUUGUGGACGAUAAAUAUUUAUAGGAAAGAUAAGAAUUUAACUAUAUACCAGGUAUCUUAAAUUGCUGAUUUCGUAAUAUGCAGUAAACGUUGAAACAAAUGGAAUCAUCUUUACAAUCACAAAUGAAAAUUAUGGAACGUUCGGGGCAUCUGUUAGGCCAAACAGUGCCAAAAAAGUGAUAGAGUACAUAUAUGCCAACUUUUGUCUGGCAGAGUUUUUAAAUUAUUGGAAAAAAUAAAGUUUAGAUUCGUAUUUA